AUGUGGAGGGCUAAUUCCUCUGGGAUGUAUUCUGUUGCUUCAGGUUAUAGAACAUGUGAAUCAUUAUUGGGUCCUGAUAGGAUAGUGUCAGGGGAAGUAUGGAACAACUGUGCACCACCAAAAGUUAAAUUCUUUGGGUGGUUGGCUUGGUUAGGCAAGUUGAAAACAUCCAGCUAUCUCCAAAGAAUUGGGAUUCUAGAUGAGGCUGCCAAUGUUAGCUGUUCUUUCUGUCAAAAUGAGGUGGAAUCGGUAAACCAUAUCUUGCUAUUUUGCCCAUUUGUAUGGCUACUGUGGUCUCAGAUUAUGAAGUGGUGGGGUGUCCAGUGGGUGAUGCCAAAUUCAGUGGAAGGGCUAUUGCAGUGGUGGUCAUUUUGCAAGAUGAAGAAGCUUGAGAAAGUGAUGUGGAAGGUUGUGCCUAUGGCUGUCCUUUGGUCCAUUUGGAAGCAUCGGAAUGAUUGCAUCUUUAAUGGUGCUCAACCAAAUUUAGAAGAUUUAUGUGAGGUUGUCAAAGUAAGAAUCGCCUUGUGGGUAAAAUCCUCCCCAGCCAAAGUAGAGUUCUCCAUUAAUGAUGUAGUUUUUAAUUUGCAGCAGGUUCAUUAUUGUUUAAGGCAGGGGAGCUGGGUUCAUUAUGUUGCUGUCUGUUAUAUGAUGCUGUCUGUUUGGUUGCUAAUCUGGUCAGUGGUUUGGAGGAUGUUCAUAUGUUAG